AUGGGACUGUUCGGAAGAACAGCGGAGAGACCACCGAAAGAUUUGAUAAAUGAGUGGACCCAGAAAAUAAGAAAGGAAUCAAGAACGAUCGACAGACAAAUUCGAGAUAUUCAAAGGGAAGAGGAAAAAGUCAAGCGAUCCAUCAAAGAUGCUGCCAAAAAGGGUCAGAGGGACGUUUGCGUGAUCCUUGCCAAAGAGAUGAUUCAGUCCAAACGAGCAGUCACCAAGCUCUACUCUUCUAAAGCCCACCUCAACUCUGUCACACUCAGUAUGAAGAAUCAGCUUUCUUUGCUGCGUGUCGCUGGCUCUCUGCAGAAGAGCACAGAGGUGAUGAAAGCCAUGCAGAAUCUCAUUAAAGUCCCUGAGAUACAAGCUACCAUGCGGGAGCUAUCAAAGGAGAUGAUGAAGGCUGGGAUUAUUGAAGAAAUGUUGGAGGACACAUUUGAGAGCGUGGAAGAUGGCGAGGACAUGGAAGAGGAGGUUGAGGAGGAAGUGGACAGGAUCCUAUUUGAGAUCACAGCAGGUGCCCUCGGUAAAGCGCCCAGCAAAGUCACGGACGCCCUGCCCGAGAUGCCUCAAGGCGCCACCGCAGCUUCAGACAACGAAUCGGAGGAAGACAUCGAAGACAUGCAGUCCAGAUUGGCUGCUCUCAGGAGCUAA